AUGUGAUUGAUGUCGAUUUUGGUUGCGUGCACCACGAUCGCAUUGUAUACAACGCGAGGAUCUCUGCUAUUAGUUUAUAUGAACAUCCAUUGCAUAUUAGCAAGGUUUCCGACACUCUCAGGAGCGAUGGAAGGUAAUCGGUUUGAUCUAUUCAUAGUUAAAUCUAUAUAUUGUUUGUUCAUUUAUGAUUUUAGAUAUUUUAAUCUAGAAAUUGGUAGGGUUAAUUAUGGUCAUUGAUCAAGCCAGAUUCUAUCUAGUAAAGUUCAGUCGUGCUAUUGAGUAGAUCAAGAUAAUCGGGUGCUCUUUUUUUAAUUCAAUCUGAGCAUGUUUAAUGGUUCAAAAGAUGAUUGCAGCACUGGUUAAAUCAAAAAAGAAAAAUGAAGGGGUUCUGAAUUUUGAUCACUUUCUGCUUUUGAUCUCGUUUUAGUCGAUUCCCAAUAGAAUCUAUGCUUUUGUAAUUGCUUGUGUCCUGAUGUAUUGGUAAUAGUUGUUGGGAUAGUUACAGUAACAGAUGGUGCAUAAUUGAUUCUUGAAGAACAUAUUUAAGUAAGCAGUGCUAUUGUCUCGCUUUUAAGAUUGGCUUUAGAGAUCACUAUAAUGUUAUGUUUGCAGGUAUUAAACCUUGUGGAUUUAUUUUCUUACAAAAGAAUUGACACACAUGAAAGCAGUGUUUUAAAAACUAAACCCGGAUGGUCAUUGACUCAAGGAAUAAGACCAGGAGUGGUACCAUAUCGGGAGGGCACACUUUCUGCAUUGAGGAGAAUAGCUCACGAGGAAGGUAUUUGUGGCUUAUACAGUGGUCUUGUGCCUGCAUUGACUGGCAUCAGCCAUGUUGCCAUUCAGUUUGUAACUUGUGAAAACAUAAGGUUUAUUUGGCUGAUAGACGUAAGUGAGCGUGACGUUGCAGUUGAUUCUUCUGUGUGGGUUAUUUUGAAAAGAUGAUCCAAAUUACCCUCUCCUCAACGUGCUUCCAAGAAAACAAGUAUACACAUCUUCAUCGAAUCCGGAUACAAAUAUUGACGUUGAUAACAGUGAGGUUGGAAUUCGUUCGAUUGGUAAAAAAAGGGCAAAGUCAGCAAAGGUCGUAAAUGCAAGCGAUAAAAGAUAAGAUAAGGUGACGAGCAAAUAAGACGAUGAAGUUAAACAAGAAAAGUGGAAGAAAUACACUAAAUUCAACAAGAUAAGAUAACUGCCAAACAAGAGUUAGCAAGAGUUCAUUAUCAUCACAUACUAACCAUGGAUACAAACAACAUGAAUCAGGAUCAACUUGAAAAUCACAAUAUAAUCGUGGAAGUUAUUAAAGUUAAAUAUAAAAUCAUAGUUAUAUAUAUUUUAAUUUUAUGUAAUUUUAGUGUUUUGUAAUUUAAA